AUGCUGGAGACCUACAGCAACCUGGUGUCAUUGGGGUACUGCAUUACCAAACCUGCAGUGAUCUUCAAGUUGGAGCAAGAAGCAGAACAAUGGAUAAUAGACUCCCAAAAUCAGAGUCUACAAGAUGUUCAGAUAGUCAAAGCUCUAAUUAUAAAAAGCCAAGAACAUUAUGAUACACAUUUGCAGGAUGGUGGAAUUACCAACAGCAAUACAUCAACUGAGGAGAGAGUUGAAAUAGAACACGCAUUUCAUUUGAGCUCAAACCAUAUUUCAAAUUCAAUGAUAAAUAGUGAAAAGUAUUUAGGAAUGAGGUGCAAAGAGUUCAGUGUAUGUCGGAAUGCACCUCCUCCUAGAGAGGCUGAUUGGAUGCAUGCUGGAGAGAAAUCUGAUGAGGGUAAUAUAACUGGGAAAUUGUGGAGACAUUGUGAGCAUCUUAAUCAGCAUUCCAAGAUUCAUGCUCAGCAGCAGGCUUUUGAAUAUAGUGGACAAUGGAAAUCCUUCAACACAGAGCCAAUAUUAUUGGAACAGAUGAAAGAGUAUAUGGGAGAGACAUCCUGCAAAUUUGAUUAUGGGAAAGUCUUUCAUAAGUCAGCUGUUCUUGCCAAAGAGACAAUUCCAGUAUCAGAGAAAUCUUUUCAAUUUGACAUAUGUUGGAGAAAGUUCUGUGAAAAUUAUGAACUCACUGAACAGCAGAAAGUACACUCAGAGGAGAAACCCUAUAAAUAUAGUGAAUGUGAUAAAUCAUUCAUGAAGAAAUUACCCCUUACAAUCCAUAAGAUAACACAUACAGGGGAGAAGCUAUAUGUGUCUAAUGAAUGUGGGAAAACUUUUCACAAGUCCUCAAACCUCAGCAAGCAUCAGAGAAUUCACACAGGUGAGAGACCAUAUGAACAUAGCGAAUGUCAAAAUACCUUUCCUGAGAAGUCAAACCUCAACAAGCAUAAGAGAAUUCACACAGGGGAGAAACCAUAUGAAUGUAGAAAAUGUAAGAAAGCUUUCAACCAUAACUCAUACCUCAGGGUACAUCACAGAUCUCACACAGGUGAGAAACCUUAUGAAUGCAAAGAAUGUAGAAAAACUUUCUACUGGAAAUCACACCUCAAUGAACAUCAGAGAACUCACACAGGUGAGAAACCAUAUGAAUGUAAAGAAUGUAGAAAAACUUUCUACUGUAAAUCACACCUCAGUGAACAUCAGAGAACUCACACAGGUGAGAAACCAUAUGAAUGUAAAGAAUGUAGAAAAACUUUCUACCGUAAAUCACAUCUCAAUGAACAUCAGAGAACUCACACAGGUGAGAAACCAUAUGAAUGUAAAGAAUGUGGAAAAACUUUCUACUGUAAAUCAAAUCUCAGUGUACAUAAGAGAAUUCACACAGAUGAGAAACCAUAUGAAUGUAAGAAAUGUAAGAAAGCUUUCAACCGUAAGUCACACCUCAGUGUACAUCAGAGAACUCACACAGGUGAGAAACCAUAUGAAUGUAAUGAAUGUGGAAAAACUUUCUACUCUAAAUCAAACCUCAGUGUACAUCAGAGACUUCACACAGGUGAGAAACCAUGUGAAUGUAGUGAAUGUGGAAAAACCUUUCACAGGAAGUCACACCUCAGCAGGCAUCAGAGAAUUCACACAGGUGAGAAACCAUAUGAAUGUAGUGAAUGUGGAAAAACCUUUCAUGAAAAGUCAAAUCUCAGCAAGCAUCAGAGAAUUCACACAGGUGAGAAACCAUAUAAAUGUAGUGCAUGUGGAAAAACCUCUCACAGGAAGUCACACUUCAGCAGGCAUCAGAGAAUUCACACAAGUGAGAAACCGUAUGAAUGUAGUGAAUGUGGAAAAACCUUUCAUGAGAAGUCAAAUCUCAACAAGCAUCAGAGAACACACACAAAAAAAAAAAAAAAAAAAAAAAAAACACUGUCUUUUGUACAUACAGCUUUUUCAGCAAAUGAUAUUUUUAUAGAGUGCAGUGAAGACCUGGGAGCUGGAGGCUGCAGCAGCGAUGAUGAUGAGGACAACGACAACGGAGCUGACGCAGGGAGGCGCUGUCUCGCUGGUGCUGGGGCCAGCGGGAGGAGGAAGGAUGUGUCUGUCCAUGGGCAGGUGGAGACAGUGGGGCAGGAGCCGUGGUGCUGGGAUGCAGUGGUGGCAGCCAGGCUGUACAGGAGCAUGGAGGAGCUGCAGAAGCAGCAGGUCUCUGGCUCCCACACUGCUCCAUCCUGUCGGCAUGUCACUUUCUCCAGGCUGUUGGGUGGAUGUGGUAGGCAGGACUUUCUUCCCUCUGCAAACUCUUCCAGUCUUUUUGAGGAAGCCAGGCCCCUGCUGCUGCUGCUGUCUGCACUGCACCUCCAUGGGGUGGUACCAGGGAUGUUUAUGACAGAGAAAUCCAAUGGGCUGGGUCAUCGAAUGGGCUGCACAGCUUCGGGUCCUAAUAGAUAUACUUGA